AUGAGGCUAAUUAACGUCUACACUCUCGAGCUGGAGCUGUUCCCCGAUCUGGCACUCUCGAGGAUUCCGUACGCCAUUCUAUCGCAUACAUGGAGGGCUGACGAAGUCGACUUCAAUGACAUGCGGGACCUAGCGGUAGCGAGAUCAAAGAAAGGCUUUUCAAAAACUGAGGAGCCUUGUAGGAUGGCAAUCAGCCAUGGCCUAAGAUAUGCCUGGGUUGACACCUGCUGCAUCGAUAAGUCUUCUAGCGCUGAGCUCUCAGAGGCCAUGAACUCCAUGAUUCAGUGGUAUAGGCAGGCUGCCGUAUGCUACGCUUUUCUCUCCGACCUACCGGUGAGCGGCGAAAUUCGGGGGUCUGAUAGUUUUGGAAAGUGUCGGUGGUUCACGAGAGGCUGGACCUUACAGGAACUCAUCGCCCCUGCGGACGUCCGGUUCUUCGAUCAAGCAUGGUCUCCUAGGGGGACAAAGAAGACACUCUGCUCGGAGGUUUCUAAGAUUACCGGAAUUAGCGAAACGGUUUUGGGCAACCAAGUUCCGCUUUCGACAAUCCCUCUUGCCAGGCGCAUGUCCUGGGCGGCUGGACGACAGACGACUCGCGCCGAAGACUUGGCAUACUGUCUGCUUGGAAUCUUUGACGUCAACAUAUCCAUGAUCUACGGUGAAGGUUCCAAAGCUUUUGUUCGACUGCAGGAGGAAAUUCUCAGAAAGACCACGGACCUCUCGCUCUUCGCCUGGGUGACAACCAACACACCUACCACGGAAUACCGAGGCAUUCUAGCCGAAUCCCCUUGCGAGUUUCCUGAAUGUGGAAACAUC